AUAUUCCCACCUCUGUAUCAGUCAAAUGACAGAGGCCGUCCACAGUAGGUCACACGUAAUGUGAAUUUACUGUUUGCUAUGACUGCUACAAUAGGAGUGACAUUCGGUGCUGGAUCUGCUGCCAAGCGGAUUUUGCUUUUCGCCAUCAAUGUUACAGUGCUACUUCUGGGGGUGACGUGUUCAGUAUUGUGUCUUUAUCAAGUCAAGUUGAUGCCAGAAACGUAUGACGUGAUUGUUGCUGCUCUGCUGGAAUCCAACUUGACAACAACAGCACCUGCCAUAAAUGUCAUCGAUAUACGCAAUAACAUCAACAAAAAUGGACGAAACACAACCCGGUCUGGUGGUUCUAAUAAAGGACGUCCCCGGGUUAGUCGAUAUGUUACACCCAAAAAAGGCAACACCACCAACCAGCACACGCCCGUUUCUCCGGUUACGUUCAUAACAAACAUUACUAGUUUAAUUGAAAGCGGAACGAUAAUAACAAGUUCUCUGGAAGUGCAGAAUCUGGAUAUCACGAAAGGAGUGGCCUUGUCCCAGACAGGAACAAUUGACCCUUUGACGACAGGUUCUACGAUGGCGAAAUCGUCAGUUACAAGCAGAAACACCACUGUUAGUCGCGUAGUAACACCGACUUCAUUGAUGAAUACGAUGGAGGAGACGAUCGACUUUGGUCAGGUUUUAAAAAAUCGAAUAGCGGAAUUAGAAAACGAGUUAAGACUAGCGCAACUUAGAGAGAAAGUUAGCAAAUCAAUCGAGCAAGAAAACAAAACGAGUACGAUUAUUUCGUCGAUGAUAUCAUCGCCAAUCGGGGAAUUAGAUUUCCCGGAUACUCAAGCAUCGCCGAACUCGUUUGCAAUUACAACUACAGCGACAAGCUGGCCCGGCAUUUCAAUAUCCACACCUGCCACACAGCAACUCACAAUGUCAACGAAGACUUGGACCAUUUCGACAUCUGAAAAAUCUUCGUCAUAUUCUGCAUCCUUGAUUAGCACAUCUUCAUCAGCAAACGCAGUUUCAUCAACAACAACCACCUUAUCUCCCACAUCCCGACAAACUUUCGCUAUAACAUCUACAGUAAAACCAAACGAAACUACCACAGUAUUAACUACGACACCAUCGAAAACUUCCAGAGCCUCUACAAUUCUAGCGCCCACAACAACAUCACUGGCUACUCGGCUUGAAUCAACACCAGUCGUAUCUGUAGCCACGUCUACAACUUCCAAGGCCUCGCAGACCUCAACGUCUAGAACAACAUCGGCUCCAACGUCUGGAAAGACACCAAUUCUUACAGCUACAACAAAAAUAACGUCUGCAGCUACGACAAGAACAGCCAUUGCUUCUACAACACCAGCUCGAAUGGUUACGGAGAUACCGAAAACAACGCUCUCCUUAAUUUCAACAACCUCCAGUGAAGGGCCUUCAGUCAAAACAUCAACAUCAGAGACAUCCACAGCUGGAGAAGUUUCAAUGACUUCAUUAAAUGUUGCAAGUCCAGCCAUUACUUCACCAAUGCCUCCAACGGACGCAUCCUUUGGCACCGAAUCCCAGACAACAUCACAAGAACAAGUUUCCUCGACAUUAAUGAAAGCAAUAACUAAUCCAACGACAGCGUCUCUCUUGUCUCCGAUGCAGACCGCCACCCCAUUGACGACACUAUUUACGGCAACCAGUUUAUCUUCUUCCGUUUCAACAGAGAGAGCUUCACCAUCAUCUUCGAUGACCACGACUACCAGUCGACCCUUAUCUACCACGAAUACAACGAUAUCGUCCGUAAGGUCAUCGACAAAAAGCCUUAGUACGUCUGCCACAACGCCCAGCUCUAUGGGCUUUAUCAACUUGACGAACGUCUUAGAUUCUAUCAGUAAAUUGGUUGGCCGACGAGAUCUGUUUAAACAUAGACUUCAUAAGAGGUCUUCUGCGUCUACGGUUCCGCCAGCCAUCCAUUCAGCCGAUACGUUAACAGCUGACCACAUUCCAAUCUACUUUGAACAAGUCUUUUUCUUCGUCCAGACGAGCCUAUACGUGUGUACUGCUGCUGGUCUACUGAUCUUCUUCUCGUCACUGGUCGGCAUUUGUGGUGGCCUAUUUCGCAUUGACGGUUGCCUGAAAUUCAGCGUUGCAGCACUUGUUCUGGUCAUCAUGGCAGAAAUGGCAACAACCGCUUUCAUAUUUGUCGCUCACGAUAAAGCCAGUAAUCGUAACAAAAACAAGAACUUUGAUCGUGAUUUGAAACUGCUCUGCGACUUGGCUAACUUCUGUAUUCAACCAAUGUUGCUUGUCAUCACUGGCUCUUUUUUGUGCAUCUCGGUUGUAUUGCAGAUUGGUUCCAUCACGCUGGCUUGCAAUUUAAUGGACAAUCGAACCGCAACUGAUCCAGACAAAAAACUUCGCCGGAUGAUGCGUUCGAGUCAUUCCAAUUUCCAGUUUGGGGCCGGAAAUGCGCAAAUGAAUCCGUACUCGAAUCCAAUGCCCAUGCCGAUGCCCUGUUGCGGAGGUGGAGGAUACGGAGGUAUGAAUAGUAAUCUCUUUCCUUAUCCUUCGCCCAUGAUGAUGCCGAUGCAAAAUAUGGGAUACUAUCCACCUGUUUUCAGCGUCCCGGGGCAGCGGCCCAUCGUCAACAUUAUCUCGUGAUGUCAUUUGAAAGCCCUUUAUUAUUCCAUUCAGCUUGCGUUAAAUUAUUGGGAUUCUUUGUUUUCUUUCGUUUUGGCGGAACAAAGUUUCAUUAUGUCAUCAAUCUUAUUAUUCCUGUUUUAAAGAAUAUCCAGUUUUUUUCUUA